AUGGUGUCUGGAUUUCUCUCGGUGGCUUUCACAAUAAGGAUCCAUCUGAGCCUAAGUAUGCCGUGGAACUCUCACGUGAUAAUCGACGAUGAGGGCGAGACAAGAGCGCUGUAUAACAAGUUGCACCUUUUUGAUUUGGAAAUUCCAGGCAAAGUUAGAUUGAUGGAAAGUGAAUUCAGCAAAAGUGGAACUAAGAUGGUUCCGCCUGUAGAUACCCCAAUUGGACGACUCGGUUUAUCCAUUUGCUAUGAUCUUCGGUUUCCAGAACUAGCCCUUUGGAAUCGUUACAAGGGUGCAGAAAUUCUUUCGUAUCCUUCUUCCUUCACACUCAACACUGGUCUGGCUCAUUGGGAGCCCCUACUUCCGAACUCGGGCCAUCGAAACACAGUGUUAUGUGAUCGCUGCUGCUCAGACGGGAAAGCAUAA